GAUCCCGCCCCUUUCACCGAAGUGACAAGUGCUGCGGCUUUUGCUCCUGGUUGUUACCGUCGACGUUGCUGGCUCUGCUCCUCCAGGUCCCACCGCUGCUACCAUGCCUCGCGGAAGCCGCAGCGCGGCCGCCCGGCCUGUCAGCCGCCCAGCCCACCCUCCUGCGCACCCACCGCCCUCUGCGGCCGCCCCGGCUCCUGCGGCUUCUGGCCAGCCAGGCCUUAUGGCUCAGAUGGCGUCCACAGCCGCAGGGGUAGCGGUGGGCUCGGCGGUGGGCCACGUCGUAGGCAGCGCCCUGACCGGUGCCUUCAGCGGGGGAAGCUCGGAGCCUGCCCAGCCCGCUGUCCAGCAGGCCCCAGUACGUCCUGCCCAACAACCCCUACAGAUGGGGCCCUGCGCCUAUGAGAUCAAGCAGUUCCUGGACUGCUCGACCACUCAGAGUGACCUAUCCCUGUGUGAGGGCUUCAGCGAGGCCCUGAAGCAGUGCAAGUACAAUCACGGUCUGAGCUCCCUGCCCUGAAGAGUCCUAGGUCAUACCCCUGCACUUACCCUGGCCCCUCACUGACAGCCAGACCACAGUGAGAUUGUACCCAGGAACGGGAGUAAGGAAGCAAUUUCUCACCCCUCAGAUAACACAAGCCACAAAUGUGCAAUUAAAGAGUUUAUUUUAGACUGCA